AUGCAGCCGCCUGGAGCCGCCCCGCUGGCGCUGCUGGGCGUCCUGCUGCUCCGGGGUGUUCACACGGUCCUCACCUUGGAGAUUAAAGUGGAUGCGCAUGUCCGAGGUUACGUUGGAGAGAAGGUCAAGUUGAAAUGCAUUUUCAAGUCGACGUCGUCUGUCACUGACAAGCUCACCAUAGACUGGACCUACCGGCCCCCCAGCAGCAGCCGCACCGAGUCAAUUUUCCACUACCAGUCCUUCCAGUACCCCAGCACCGCAGGCACGUUUCGCGAUCGGAUCUCCUGGGUCGGAGACGUGUACAAAGGGGACGCGUCCAUAAGCAUAAGCAACCCCACCACCAGGGACAACGGGACCUUCAGCUGUGCCGUGAAGAACCCCCCAGACGUGCACCAUAACAUUCCCCUGACGGAGCUCACAGUCACAGAGCGGGGCUUCGGCACCAUGCUGUCCUCCGUGUCCCUGCUUUCCAUCCUGGUCUUCAUCCCCUCGGCAGUGGUGGUGGUGCUGCUGCUGGUGAGGAUGGCGAGGAAGUCUGCGGGGCUGAGGAAGAGGGGCAGAUCUGGCUACAAGAAGUCCUCCAUCGAGGUUUCCGAUGACACUGACCAAGAGGAGGAUGACUGCAUGGCAAGGCUCUGCGUCCGCUGUGCCGAUUGCUUGGACUCAGACUACGAGGACACGUACUGA